AUGAUGGUUACAGUGUCAGGAAAUACGCAUCACAAGACUUUUCAUGUGGCUCGUUCCCAAUUUGUAGGCAGCCGUUGGAUGUAUGAGCUGAAGGAUCCUGUCACCAACUCGUCUUGGGAAGAAGGCAAAUUAUUCCCAGGAAAUGAUCUUGAAAAUGAUCAAAUUGCCAUUGGGCAACCUAUCACAAAUCACCCACAACAGCUCGAAGUUACGACGUCUUGGCAUUCUCAGCCUUCUAUAUCGUUCUCACUACAAGAGUACCGGCUCAGCCCCCUAUUGCGAGUCGCUCGAGCCUUCUCAUUCUGA